AAACCCCUCCAUUGAAACGGAAUUUCCGUUUACUCCGUGGCUAUGUCGAUCACUGUGAUGGAAGUCACUUCUACACAGGAUCUCAAUUCUGUGCGCUUCGCUGGUUCGAAAACGAACCCGUCUCGUCCAGCAGCAACAGUUGAGCCCGAGGUUUAGCACGAGCUGACCUCAACCGCAGUGGCCGAUUCCACCGUCGCCGCCGGUGCCACUGUCACCACCAGCACCGCUGGAAUCACCAGUCUGUCCUUGGAAUCAUGGUCACCAUUAUCAUGUAAGGCGCGGCUGCGGUUACCAAUGCGCUGUCCGCAGUCUGACCUUCGCAGCCUCUUUCAUUCAGCACCGGCUUGGAGCAGCACUUUCGUUUUCAUCGCCUCCACAACCAUGCUGCCCACUUCCAAGCCAGCAAGGACUGACUGGACCUCGCGCUUGUGCGCUUUACGAGUUGGCAGGCGGUACAAUCGGGUUGCUCGCCAAGAUGCGCUCCUUCUUGCUGCGAAAUGAAGUCGAGUCAGACAACAGCUGGAGUCAGGCCCGAUUCCACGACAAAAUAUCCUGCGCUCUUCAGGUGGGAACUGGGGCCAGAGCCAAGGCGAUUGCUUGGAAAUCGACGCGCUGGUCAGUCAAGCAGCAACGCGACCACAGCUCGCACCGACCCAUUUUCUUGCCCUGCAAUCGAGCAUACCUGAUUCGACGGAGGCUAAUAAUCAGCCUCGCGAUGUUUGUCUGCCUAUCCAUGCAUAUCCCUAUCUCCUACAAUGAGUCUUGCUUCCUAUUUUUUUUCGGACCCUCGGUGCGGGCGAGCGCGGAUCAGGUCGACCAACCCGCUGAGGCAAUUCGGUUGCAAGAAGCGGCGCGGCCAAUGGUACCCAUCCGAGUUCCAAGGCCAUACCUGUUCCAUUUCACCGGCGCAUGCCUCUACACGCAAGAUGUCGCUACCCAACGACGUUGUCUUCUGUCUCCCAUUGUUAGCGGGCUCGCAACAACGGCAGACGGAAGGGCAAGUGUAUGGCGCAUUGUUCGCUGCAAGCGCUGCUCGAUUGCGCUUGGAUCUUCCACGCUGCUUAGAAAAAUAGCGCGGCGAUGGGGCUGCUGAAUGAAGAGUAUCGGGCAACGUUGGAGGCAGCGUGAUUCAUCAUUUUGAAGGCAUUGGCCGAGGUCAUUAAACGUUGUCGACGCGCCAGAUGGCCGCUGCGAAACGCAAUAGACGUGC